AUGGAGCUCAGAGGUGAUAUAUUUUAUCAAAAAACGAUACAAUGUCUAGCAAGGACCUUAGCAAAGCUUAAUCCAACACCAGAAGAUAAGCUCCAACAAUUAUUCAAGCACUGUCCACAAGAAAGUUCAGCAGGCAUUUUUUGUAUCGAUUCGAGAGCUCAUGAAGCAGUUGUUGCACUUGGAUUAUAUUUUUUGGAAAGUGAAUAUCAAUAUGAGCAUUUAAUUGUUCCUUACUUGAUAAGACUGAUAAAAGGACUUCCGAAAUCGAUUCAUAAAGAUGAAGAUCAGAAGAUGCUCGAGAAAAGAACUGACAAAUUGCCAUCAACUGAAAAGUUCUCGUUCUGUCUUAAUACUUUGUUGUCGGAUAUAAGCGUUUGUUGUCCAGAUCGUCGUGAAGAAAUAAUACAGACACAAGUUGAGGUGUUUGCAUCAUUAACAAAUAUGAUUAUUUCCAAGCAGAAUUCGUCAUCAUCAGUGUUGUGUAAAGAUACAGUUCCAAUAUUGUUAGGAUUAUCACGAGCAAUUGGAAGGUAUACAAUUAAAGAUCCACUAAUUAGUAGAAUGUAUCCACCACCAGAAAAACCAGUUGUUAAAGCUACAAAUCCAGAUCAAUUGAUGUUAAAUGAUCGUCAAAAGUUUUCUCCUAAUUUUCGUCCAAUUAUUCCACGAUCUAUGUCCGGAUCUUUAAAUAUUGAGGCAAUGGAAGCUAAGACAGGGAUAACACCAACAGCAUCUCCAAGAAAAAGUGAACCAAUAACAAAUAAAAAAUUAUUUAGCUAUUAUUCAGUUCCUUACGAUCCAACACGUUAUUUCUUUACAAAAUUCGGUUCAAGUUUCAAUCAGUUUCCAAAUAUGAGAUCAUUUGAGCAAGACAGUGAUUUAGAAACACAACUUAAGCGUGAAAAAAUUCAAUUUCCAAUCAGUCAUUUACAGCAGAUUUUUGCAUUUUCAAAGAAACUUUUGGCUAAAGAGAUUUUAGAGUAUUUGGAUGAAAGAGCUGAAGACAUUUUUGGAUUACUUCAAAAUAACACUUAUGGAUAUAAAAGCUUCUCAGAAACUAUUAAUCUUGUAAUUGUGACAUUAUUAAGAGAACUAUUACAGAAUCAAACUGAAUUGUCUACUCCAUUUACAAAAGAUAUCCAAGAAUUUGUUAAGCAAUUGUUCCUUAAUGGCCAAACUGAAAUAAACAAUAAACAGCAUGAGGAUCAUAAAAGGAAUGAAAAUGAAUAUAAUGUCGUUAAUAAAUACAAGAUAAAUGUGAUGGCAAAUGCAGCAUGUGUUGAUCUUUUGGUUUGGGCUAUUCGUGAUGAAACUGAGGCUGAUAAAUUGUGCAUGCGAUUACAUCAGAAAUUGGACACAAAUAUCGGACAUAAGAUUAUGCUAGAUCACAUGCCAUUAUUAAUGGUUUGUCUUGAAGGAUUAGGAAAAUUAGCCAAGAAAUUUCCUGGCAUCUCUGGAACAUCAAUUUCAUAUCUACGAGACUUUUUGGUUGAUCCUAGUCCAAUUUUAGCUAAACUUCAUGGGCAGGCUGUUAUUCAUCAAAAGAAGGAAAAGGAAAUUACUCCGUACAGAAUCGUUGUUCAAAGUCCUGAACAUCAAAUUUCGGAUAUUCAACAUAGGCCUGGAUUAACCAAAUCUCCCGUCACAGCAUUUGAAGCUUUAAGAGAAGCAGCUAUUGAAAAUUUAAGCAUUGCUCUUCGUGCAGCACAUCCAACCGAUCAGUAUUGUGUUCCAGCAUUAAUUGCUAACGUAUCAAAUCGUUUGUUUAUAGCUGAAAAGAAUGAAAAUGAAUCAAAUUUGGUGUCUUUAAAUAUAAUCGUAAUGUUGGGACAUGUAGCUGUUGCAUUAAAAGACACACCAAAAACUACUCAAAAUAUUUUGCAAUUUUUCAUUCAGCGUUUCUGUAAAGUGGCUAAUGAACAGAAUGUUUUAAUUGUCGAUCAACUUGGAUGCAUGAUUAUCAGUAAGUGUGAAGCUGAUAUUUUUGAUGAAAUUAUGAAAAUGUUUUCGAGAGUAAUUGUGCAAUCAGCGUCAUUAGCUUAUAGUUCAGAUCCAGAUAAAAGGAGACAAUAUCAGCAUGUUUCAGAUGCUGUAAUUAAUGCAAUGGGAAAUAUAGCUGCAAAUAUUCAAGGAGAAGCUGAAACCUUAGAAUUGUUAAUUAAAUUAAUGGAAAUUUUUGUUCAAAUUGGACUUGAAGGUGAGAGAAGUUACGAUAAUUCUCAAGGUGCACAGAAGGCAUCAAGUAGUGCUGGAAAUUUAGGAAUGUUAAUACCUGUUAUUGCUACGACAGUUCGAAGACUUCCUCCAAUUAGAUCACCAAAAACGAGACUCCAUAAAUUAUUUAAAGACUUUUGGAUGUAUUGUGUUGUUAUGGGAUUCACAAAUGCACGAUUAUGGCCAAGUGACUGGAUUCAAGGCGUGCAAGAAAUUGCUGCAAAAUCUCCACUUUUAAUCUCACAAACUCCACAUAAAUCAGAAAUGAGAGAACUCAAUUAUUCAUCAGCAAUUCGAUCAGACUCUGUAAGCUUGAAUGAGCUUAGAAGUCAAAUUAUUCUAUUACUUGAUCAUCCACCAGCUGAAGUAACUGCUUAUAUCCAUAAACUUUCUUUUGCUCAAUGUACUUACUUAUUAAGUGUUUAUUGGCUUGAAACAUUAAGAGUUGAAAAUGCAGAAGAGCCUAGUUUAGAUCCAAUUCUAUCAUAUUUAUGUGAUCCUGUUCUUCAAAAGGACAAAUGUGGAAUGUGGCAAUGCGUUAAAUGCAUUGGUGAUCAAGUUUUUGAAAAGUUUCGUACAGUCUUAGUUGAUCAUGAUUUGAAACGUGAAAAGGUAUUGGAAUCACAAGCUAGAAUGUUACUUGUCUAUUUUAAUCACAUCCAUAAGCAAAUUCAGUUAGUAGCUGAUCAAUAUUUAUCACAAUUGGUCGAUAAAUUUCCUCAUUUAUUAUGGAGUAGAAGUUUACUAUGGAGCAUGUUGGAUAUCCUUCAAUUACUAGCUUACUCAUUGAGUCUUGAUCCAAAUCUUCCAAUUCCAAUUGUUCAAGUUCCAAUGACUUCAUAUACAUUACAAUUUAUGGACAAUAUGCCAGCACGUGAGAAUCGUUUUAAAGACUUUAGUGACCGUUGUCAAGGAAUAUUCAAUGAAGCUAUGAAAUGGGCUCCAAAUUAUACAAGAAGUCACUUACAGCAGUAUCAAAGUCAAAGUCAUAUAUUUUCCAACUUUAGUAAUCGUGAAGAAGCAUUAGCAUUUGAUUCUGUAAUUCGAUCAUGGCUGACUGAUUGUGUCUCAAGUGUUAAGUUAAAGAGCACAAAUAGUGGAAGUCGUGGAACAUCUAAAUUUGUAUCAGUUUUAUGUCUCAGAAGUAAGUGCACAGGAGAAAUUGCAGGUUUAAUCUCAGUAUUGGACGAAGAAAGCAAAAGAGGUCUUUGUGAACGAUUAACUCAAUCAAUUUGGGAUGCUACUCGAGAAAAAAAUGAGACAAAGUAUAAAGGUGCAUUAUGGCGUGGAACUGCUUACUUGAUAUCAUAUUCGACUUACGAUCAGAAUGUAGGAAAACUCCUUCAUGCAAUUUCAUCGUCACAUGUUGAAAUAUUUACAGAAAAAACUGUAGAAACAGCUGUUGAAUGUUGGCAGUGGAUAUUAACAGCUAGGGAAGAUUUGGAAUUAAGUUUCAUCCGUGAAAUGGUGUCAGCAUGGCAAAUUACAUUUGACAAAAAGAUUGGAUUAUUCUCAGAAGAAUUUGAAGUCACAAGUCCAUUAGCUGCUUAUGAUGGAUGCAAAUUAGUUCCACAGCCAAUAAAUGUCAGACCACACAUGAUUUGGCUUGAUUUAAUAUCCGAAAUGGUAGAUACAGCAAAAUAUUGUAAUCGAGAUAAAGUUGAGAUGCUUUGCAUGCUUGUCCAUAGAUGUCUACCAAUUGAUAAGCAUUCAAAACAAACGAGACACAUUUCAACAGUUGGAUGUCGUUUUAAGCUUCUUCAAUGUGGAUUGAGCUUAUUACAAGGAAAUACAAUCCCAAAGAGUUUAUCAAGGAACAUUUUACGUGAACGAAUCUACUUUUAUGCUUUAGAUUAUUUUUGUGCAGCUCCACAAUGCCCAUCUCAGUCACGUGAAAUACUUUUUGAUGAUAUUACAAUUUUAAUGACAUUUUGGCAAACGAUGAGAUCAGAAAAGAAGCAUUUAAUGACAUCAGAAUUGAGUGACUAUGAGCUUAAUGGAAAUACAACAACAACGACAAAUUUAACUGUUGGAAAGUCAUAUGGUGAUUCAAUUUCAAUGGCUGGAAAUGAUGUGUCAAGGUCAACAAGUGGAACUGCUGGAUGGUAUAACACGAUUCCUCAUUCUACGUCAACAUUGUCGAGAAAAACGACAAGACCAAAACGUGGAAUUGGACAAAAGGAUUCAUAUGAUAAAGACUAUAUGAAGAAAAGAAAUUUAAUAUUGGAACUUUUGGCUGUAGAAAUUGAUUUUCUCGUAACUUGGUAUAAUCCAUUAGCUAAUCCUGAAAUGCAAGUUAAUCCAAAAACUGAGGAAGCAUUAACAACAUGGCGAACUAGGCCAAUUAAAAUUAAUUUAUGGAAAGAUAAUGUUCAACUUGCUUGGGUCUAUAAUCCAUCACUUGCUGUAUUUCUCUCACAAAGAAUUAAUAAUGUUGAAAUUAUUGACGAUGAAGUCUCAAAGUUGGUCUUAGCUGAUCCUAUGGCUGCAAUGCAUAUUCCUGAUGCAUUAAAAUAUUUGGUGACAACUAAAACUUUACUUGCUGACUCUUCACAAUUAAACUAUAUGCUGACUUGGGCUAAAGUAACUCCAAUUCAAGCUCUUUCAUAUUUCUCUCGUCAAUAUCCAACUCAUCCACUUACAGCUCAAUAUGCUGUUAAAACAUUACUUUCAUGUCCAGCUGAAGCAGUUCUACCAUACAUUCCACAGCUCGUUCAAGCUCUUCGUCAUGACACUAUGGGAUAUGUUACGGAAUUUAUUAAACAAAUUGCAAAGAAGUCACAGAUUGUUGCUCAUCAAUUGGUUUGGAAUAUGAGAACUAAUAUGUAUAUGGACGAAGAUAUGCAUCAGAGAGAUCCAGUUCUAUUUGAUGUUCUUGAAUCGCUUGUUAAUUCGAUCAUUUCACAAUUGUCAGGUCCAGCAAAAAGAUUUUAUGAACGUGAAUUUGACUUUUUUGGUAAGAUUACUGCUGUGUCGGGUGAAAUUCGUGGAUUUGCUAAAGGACAGCCACGGAAAAAAGCAUGUUUGGAUGCUCUUCGUAAGAUUGACGUUCAAAGUGGCUGUUAUCUUCCAUCAAAUCCUGAAGCUAUGGUUCUUGAUAUUGAUUAUAAUAGUGGAACGCCCAUGCAAAGUGCUGCAAAAGCUCCAUACUUGGCUAGAUUUAAAGUUAGACGAUGUGGAAUAACAGAACUCGAACAAUUAGCUAUGGAAGUAUCAGGUGGAAGUACAACAACGUCACCAACUAAGCAAUCAUUAUCUUUGCAUGUUGAAGGAUGGCAAGCAGCUAUUUUCAAAGUCGGUGAUGAUGUUCGACAGGAUAUGCUUGCCCUUCAAGUUAUAUCCAUUUUUAAAAAUAUCUUUCGUCAAGUUGGUCUUGAUUUAUUCUUAUUUCCAUAUCGUGUUGUUGCUACAUCUCCUGGAUGUGGAGUUAUUGAAUGUGUCCCAAAUGCUAAAUCGAGAGAUCAACUUGGACGACAAACUGAUACUGGAUUAUAUGAAUACUUUUUACAUAAUUAUGGCGACGAAACAAACAAGGAAUUUCAAAUGGCAAGAAGCAACUUUGUUAAAUCAAUGGCUGCAUAUUCAGUUAUUGGAUACCUCUUGCAAAUCAAGGAUCGACAUAAUGGAAAUAUCAUGAUUGAUACAGAAGGUCAUAUAAUACAUAUUGACUUUGGCUUUAUGUUUGAAAGCAGUCCUGGAGGAAAUAUUGGUUUCGAACCAGACAUGAAGCUAACAGAUGAAAUGAUAAUGAUCAUGGGCGGAAAAAUGGAAGCAGCUCCAUUCAAAUGGUUUUGUGAGUUGUGUGUUCAAGCCUUUCUAGCAAUUCGUCCGUAUCAAGAUGCUAUCGUGUCACUAGUAAGUCUCAUGCUUGAUACGGGACUUCCAUGCUUCCGAGGACAAACAAUUGCAUUAUUAAAGCAAAGAUUUGUGUCUAACAAGAACAGCAAGGAAGCUGCAGCACAUAUGCUUGGAAUUAUUAAGAAUUCGUAUCAAAACUUUAGAACAAGAACAUACGACUUGAUUCAGUACUAUCAAAAUGCUAUUCCUUAUUAA